AUGAAAAAUAUCCCCACAUCGAAUCCCUUCCCCACUCCCAUAAAAAUAUACUACCCAUCCAUUGCCCCCCCAUUCCCUAAAUCGCCCCUACCCCCUACUACCGUUCCCCAGUCAAGCCUGCCGGGUAGGGCAGGACUUGGCUGGCAAGGGAGCUCGAGCGGUAAUGGCCAGGCCUCUCGCGUUGCAAAAAAAUACAAUAUAUGCAAAACAUUCCCACAUCCUCCUCCUACUCGAUCGUUGAACCCUUCUCCAAGUGAGAAGCAGGUAUACAACAUCGAGUCCCUCUCCCUUCCCCCCCAAAAAUAUACUACCCAUCCAUUGUCCCCCAUUCCCCAAAUCGCCCCUACCUCUACUACCGUUCCCCAGUCAAGCCUGCCGGGUAGGGCAGGACUUGGCUGGCAAGGGAGCUCGAGCGGUAAUGGUCAGGCCUCUCGUGUUGCAAAGCGCGAUCGAUGGCCGGCUCUGUUGUUCUCGCAAGAGAGCGACAAAGGGGUCUCCGACGGAGACCCACCCAUCGCUGGAUAA